AUGGCACUUCUCGUAGACAAGCACCGCCCCAGGUCUCUGGACCAGCUGACCUACCACCCCGAACUCUCCGACCGUCUUCGCUCCCUCGUGCGUCCUUCCUCCCAUUCCUCCAGAUUCUUUCUGUUAACAACCUCACAGGCCCAAAGCGGCGACUUCCCCCACCUCCUUGUCUACGGACCCUCAGGCGCAGGCAAGAAAACUCGCAUCGUUGCCACUCUCAAAGAACUCUAUGGGCCCGGCGUGGAGAAGAUCAAGAUCGACUGCCGCGUCUUCCAAACAACCUCGAACCGCAAACUCGAGUUCAAUAUCGUGUCCUCCGUCUAUCAUCUGGAGAUCACGCCCUCGGACGUUGGGAACUAUGACCGGGUUGUAGUGCAGGACCUACUGAAAGAAGUGGCGCAGACCCAGCAGGUUGACACGAGCGCGAAGCAGAGGUUCAAGGUGGUGGUUAUCAACGAGGCGGAUCAUCUGACGCGGGAUGCACAGGCGGCGCUGAGGAGGACGAUGGAGAAAUAUAGUCCGAAUCUGCGGCUGAUACUGCUAGCGAACAGUACGGCGAAUAUCAUUGCGCCGAUUCGCUCAAGGACGCUGCUGGUGAGGGUUGCCGCGCCGAGCGAGAGGGAGAUUUGCGGCGUGCUGGAGAAGAGCGCGAGGAAGGAGGGGUGGAGCGUCAGUGCUGGGUUGAAUGAGAGAAUCGCGAGGGAGAGCGGGAGGAAUUUGAGGAGGGCUCUGUUGAUGUUGGAGGCAGUGCACGCACAGAACGAGAAAAUCACAGACAACACCCCCAUCCCCCCUCCGGACUGGGAAGCCCUCAUCUCGCAAGUCGCCUCUGAGAUCGUGGCCGAGCACUCUCCAGCCCGCAUCCUGCAAGUCCGCGCGAAGCUCUACGACCUGCUCACCCACUGCAUCCCGCCAACGACAAUAUUAAAGACCUUGACAUUUAAGCUGGUCCCGUUGGUGGAUGAUGCGCUGAAAGCGGAUGUCAUUAAGUGGAGUGCGUUCUAUGAGCAUCGGAUUCGCAUGGGUACGAAGGUGAUCUUUCAUUUGGAGGCGUUCGUGGCGAAGUUCAUGAGGAUUGUGGAGGAGUGGAUGAUAGAUGGUGAUUUCUAG